AUGGAUUUUUUCAAUGUUAAGACAGAUUCAGAAAUCAUACCAGCAACUCCCGAACUUUUCGCUAUAGUUGAUCCUAAUUUAAGUCAUAAUGAAACAGAUUCACAAAAUCAAAUAUUAAUGUUUUGGUAUAAUUCUACAAUUGAUGAUAAUGAAAAACUACGAAAGAUUGGGAUAAUUCAAGGCAUUAAUGAGUUUACUAAAAGUUUUACUACAAAUGAUGAGCAACAAGAACAAGGACAACAGGAAAAAGUACGAUAUAUUGAAUUGGAUAAUCAAUUAAUUUUAUUUGAUAUAUGGGAAGAUAAAUAUCAGGUUAUUUUAAGUAUAAAUUUAACCAAGAUUAAAGAUGAAAAUGCAGUGGAAUUUAUACAAAAUGAUAUAUCACCAAUAACAUUCUUGAAAAAACUAAUUAAUCAAGGUUAUAAUGAAUUUAAAUUACAUAAUGGUACUAUAACUAAAAUUUCUCAAACAUUAAAUUCCAAUGAUUUUAAAGAAUUUUUAAAUAAUUGGUGGAUAAUAUGGUUAAAAAAUUUACAAUUAGAAAUAAUAGAGAAUGGGGUAAUGAAAUUAUACAAUGGAUUCAAAAAAUCUUCAUCAUAUCAAUCAAUUACUACAGAUUUAUCAAAUUUAUUUAUAUUCAAUACAAACAAGACAAAUUUUGAAAAUUAUGGAUUAAUUUAUACCAAUAAUAAAUUAUCAUCACAAUCACAAAUAUCAUUACUUAAUUGGAUCGAAGAAUUAGAUAAUUAUGAAUUAUUAAAUACCCAGGGGCUUAUAUUAUCACAAGUUUUAAAAACUCCAAUAUUAACAUCUGGUCAAUCAAAUGGUUCAACUCAAGAAAUUGUUUAUGAUCCUUUUAAAUUAGUUCUCAAUACUUUAAGUGAAGUAUCUAAAAUUAGUGGUGUUACCGCUGGUGUUAAUGCAAGUGUUAAUGGGAUAAGUUCUGGGAUUAAUACAAUAAAUGGUUAUUUACCAAAUGUAUCAAGAUUACCUGAAUGGAUGGGUGGUGGUGGCGGGAAUGGUGGUGAUGUGAAUGUUGAAGAAGAAGCUAGAAGACAAGGGUAUGAACCUAUUGAAAAUGCUGAAGAACAUGAAAAAUAUUUAAUUGGGAAGAUUGAUGGGAAUAUUAUUAAAAAGGAAGUUUGGUUAGAUAAUGAUGAUGAUUAUGAAUUAAAGAAGUAUAAUGUUGUUGUUUAUCAAAAAGAUGAUUUAUUAUAUUUAUAUGUAUUGGAUGAUUUUAAUGGAGAUUUAGAUGAUGGUAGAUAUUAUGAUGAAUUAAAACAAAAAUUUAAUGAAAUUUCAACACAAUUAUCAAUAAAAAUAAGUGAAAAUAAAGGUUUUUAUUUUUUGAUAUAUGAUCAAUUUCAUAAAUCAAUUGAAUCAAAUUUACCAAAUAUUCCAACAUUUGAUAAUGAAGAAGUUAAUGAUUUAAAAUAUUUUCAUGAUUUAACCAGUUCAAAAACUCAAUCACAAUAUUUACAUAGAGAAUUAAUUAAAAUCUUAGGUACAAUCACCCCAGAUCAAAUUGAAACAUUAAAAAGAACCAAAAAUGGUUGGUGGAUAUUAAGAUUAUUACACCAAGGUAAAGAAAUAUUAAUAAUCAAGAAAUGGUCAUAUUCAAAUGGCGUUUCAAAUAAAACAAAUUCAGUUGAUCCAAUACGUGAACGAAUUUUCCAAAAUUCAACAAGUCUUAUUGGUAGUAUUGGUAAAGAUGCAAAAAUAUGGUUAGAUGAUUAUUUAACAAAGAAUAAAAUAUAA